UUUGCUUGAAAGUUCAAUUUUUUAUGUGAUUCAACUUUGCUUAAAAUUGUCUUCUUUUGAUUUUUUUGCCAGUUUUAUCGCUCAACAACUCUUAGUUGUUGCUUUUCAACUAUUGGGUUGAUCUUCAUCUGAUUGCUCCGUCUUUUCAUUUAAUUCUACCUUUAAGAUUGAAAAUUGAGAAGAAAUAAAUCAAUAGAUAGUGAGAUAUGGGACUUCAGAGAUUAAAACUUGGUGUUAGAGUUAGUAAAUUCAUGUUGAUAUCAGUUAAAAUAUGUUAUAGAUCGAUUUGGAAUCAUCCAUUUUUGGUUGGUUUGAUUUGUCUUUUUAUGCUUCUGUAUACAUCAUUUCCUUCGUUAUUUUCUGCUUUGGUUACUGCAUCUCCUGUUUUGGUUUGCACUGCUGUUUUACUUGGCACACUUUUGAGUUUUGGAUCACCGUACAUACCUGAAAUUGAUGAAGAGAAAGGAGAAGAAGAGAAAGUUAGCCAUGAAGUUUCAGAAUUGAAAACCGGGGCUCCAGAGGAUCAUACUGUUGCGGACAGUGAUGUCGGUGAUGAUGAUUUUGUUGUGGAAAGACAUGUUGGGAAGAGGUGGGGUAAAGUCGAGAAUGCUGAGGAGAAAGUUAAUUUGGUGGAUAAUGAGGUUGGUGAAGUGGAGGAAGAUGACGGUUCAGUUCGUUAUAAGCUGCUGGUGAAUGAUGAUUUGGAUUCUAGGGAUAUUCAUUGUGAGGGUGGAGUAAUUGACGAGGUUGAGGAAUCAUCGAAUGAUACAUGGAUGGAGAAGAAGAGGGAAAUCCAGGAGAAGAUUCUAGGGAGUGAAGGUCUGUUCAGUUUGGUGGAGGCGUCAGAUGAUGAUCAUGUUUUGGCUGAUGUGGCUAGAGAUAGGAAUCUUGAAGUGGAGCAUAAACUCAAAGAAGAUCACAAUAAACAAAGGGGUAACGAAUUCGAUUCUUCCUCGGCUUCCUCUUGGAAAUGCCCUGUGGAUGAUGAGGAUGACGGUGAUGGUGUUAACGACGAUGAUGAAUCGCUGGAUUCUGGUUCCGAUGGUGCUGAGAGUUCUCCUGAUGCUUCAAUGGCUGAUAUAAUUCCGAUGCUUGAUGAGUUCCAUCCACUUUUGGGCUCAAAUGCUCCUCAACUGGCUCAGUUGUCUGCUGAUGAUUCAGAUGCCUCCUCAGAGAGGUCUCAUGGUAGUAAUAAUGAUGAGAGUGUGGAGUCCGGUGAGAUAGAAAACCAGGGGGAGGAAGAUAGUGAUGAGGACGAGGGAGAAGGAGAAAAAGAAGGAGAAAAGGGAGAUAAAGAGGAUGAAAGCAAAUCUGCAAUUAAAUGGACAGAGGAUGAUCAGAAGAAUCUCAUGGAUUUGGGGACUUCAGAACUUGAAAGAAACCAACGAUUGCAUAAUCUUAUUGCGAGGAGAAGGGCACGUAAAGGCAUGGGAUUGAUGAUUGAGAGGAGUCUAAUAGACUUAGAAAGUGCUGAUAUUCCCUUAAACAUCACCCCUAUUUCUGUAGCUAGACGAAAUCCGUUUGAAUUUCCUCAUGAUUCCUAUGAUGACCUAGGGUUACCUCCCAUGCCAGGGUCAGCUCCCACUAUUUUUCAGCCAAGAAGAAACCCUUUUGAUCUUCCUUAUGACUCGGGUGAGGAAAAGCCUGAUCUUAAAGGAGAUAGUUUCCAAGAGGAGUUUGCAGGUUUUAAUCAAAGGGAAACAGUUUCCCAAAGAGGAGCUUUCUUAAGAAGACAUGAAAGCUUCAAUGUGGGACCAUCAUCUUUGGGUGUUACUCGGAAAGAGCUUAAGUGGAAACCGUAUUUUGUCCCAGAGACUGAAGGAUCUAACCCUUCCUCAUUCCAAAGGCAGUUGAGUGAAGUUAGUGAGUCGAUGUUGAGUUCUGUUCCUGAUACUGAAUCGGUGAGUUCCGUUGUGGAUGAGGAAGACAGCAAGUCAUGCGGGCAAGAUAUUUCUCAAGAAACUGAACUGAUUGUGAAUGAAGUUCAUGCUUCUUCCCAUGAUGAACAAGAGAGCCUAUCGUCUGGAUACAUUAAGCCUGCAAAUGUUGAACAAGUUGAGAAUAGAGAUGUUCACCCUGCUGCGGUUGAGACCACAUUGGGAGAUGGAAAAAGUCAGCUGGAAAUGGAAUCAAAUUUUCCUGAACCUGGGACAUCUGCUCAUCGGGAGCUCAAUGGAAUUGAAAUCGAACCAAUGCCUCAUUUUGGCCAACCUGAGAAUACAGAUGUUCAUCGUGAUGUUGUUGCGAUUGAGUCGGGAGAUGGAGAAAAUCAAAAGGAAACAGAAUCAUUUUUUUCUGAAGCUGGAGCAACGAUUCAUGUGGAACUCAAUCCAAGUGAAAUUUAUUCCAAAACAAAGUCAGUUGAUGAGGAUUUUAGCGGUGGAUCAAGUUUAUCACUAUCAGAAAUAGAUGAAAAGAUAUUGGAUGCCAGUGGAGAAGGAUCUGCAGGUUUUGAACCCACAGGUCAUGAAAUUAAAGGAUCUGGCAUAUUUUCACAACCAUCAUUUGAGGAAUCAGAAUUCCAUUUUACAGCUAAGGUGAUGGAUGACAAGCAUAGUGAGCCUGUUUAUGAUUCAAGUCCAUCAGUUGAGAAGGUCCCCUUUUUUUCAUCUGUCUCUUCCGAUGGACAAGCUGUUACAUCUGAAAUGGGUGCAUCCUCAAUGUUGGUUGAGUCCACUGAUAAGGAACCUGAAGGGCAUGCUGAAACUAUUGAGCAGGGUAUUUGUAGUUUUCAAAAGAUGCAUGCUGCAUUCUCGGAUUUACUGGAAAAUGAGCAAAAAGCAAGGGAUCUCCCAGGGAUUAGUGAGUGUGGUGUUACGCAUGCUGGUUCAUUAUCAGUUUCUACCUCUUUUUCUAAUCAUAAUGUGUCAAUGGUGCCUGAAUCUGUGGUUGAAUAUGUUUCAAGGGAUGCUGUGCCAUCAUCUUCUGACGAGGGAUCGGAGCACGGUGUACCAAAUCAGGAAGAAGGCUUGAUCCAGAAUCAAGUGGACUUACUUUGCCUUGGUGCAGGGAUGACUCUUGCUGUUGACCAAGGAAUUGAUAAGAUGAUGGAUUCUUCACCAGAGGGCCAACGGCAUCUAGGGAACCGUGAAUCUUCAAAGGCUGAACCAGGAGAUAGGCAUGCUGUUGAUAGGGAAGACACUCAGCUUGAGCGAGAUGAAAUUCAUCCGUCAAGUUCAUUAGAGCAUGACAUAGUAUGGCCUGGUGUUUUUCCCAAAGAAGAAAUCAUCCAGACUGAAUGUGAUCAAAUGCAUUUGUCAAACUUUGAUGCAAGUCUUGAUGUUGAUGGCCACCAUGACGAGGGUCAGGAAUCUUGUCACACAGCAGUGGCUCAGGUUUCACAAGAUGACCCUUCAGAAGCUAACCUCAGGGAGGUACAUAGGAAUGAAUCUGAAAUGGAUGAAGUCGAACCAACAUGUUUGGAAUCAAAGAUUGAUACUGGUCUUGACCAUGAUACAAAUUUGGAGGGAAUUUCUUCGAACUCUAAUUAUCAAGCUGCUCUUACUAGAGAAAACCCUUCACCAGAAUUGGAGAAUCUGAUGUCGGGGUCUGAUAUUUCUAUUGAUGAACCAUUCAUUGAUGAAGAUGUUAAGCUGGAGGAACCGUGUAUAAUUGCAAUGGAGUCUGUACAGGAAGUAGACAUUGGCAACAAUGAUCUUAAUGUGCAUAACAUUUCCGAGUCUGAGGACAAAGUUUCAACAAAUUACUCUUCCAUGAUUUCAGACUCUGCUUCUUCUCCAUCCGAGAGUCCUGAAAAUACGUUGCCAACAGAUCAAGAAGACUUGAAAGGUCGAGUCCUAAAUGAAAUGGAAAGAGAGGGCAUCUCUCAAGAGGUAUCCGAGCACUUUAAUCGUGCAGCAGAAGUAUAUGCCACUUAUGAUAUUGAGGAAAAUAACAGUGAAGAGGAUGACAAUAUUGAAGAGAUUGAUGAAGGAAUCCUCUCUGAAUUGGAUACCGCUGGGGUCUUUAAUGUCGAGAAAAUUGAUCUACCUGAGGGAUCUCAUGUUGCCAAUACUGAAUCUGCACUGUUACCCGAGGUUAUGAAGAUCGAGACCGAUGUUGAGCUGUCUGUUCUUGAAGCAAGAUCAACGGAAAAUAUUGAUUUGACUUUCAAGCAACUUCAUGAAGGGGUCGAUGUUGAGGAAGUAAUUCUCCCAAGUAUAAUUAAGAACCAGCAGGAUCAUGCAGAUACCCAUUCAAAAUUACCUGUUGUUGAGGAAAAAUCGCUGGAGGAUAUCCAUACUGCUUUCCAACUCUCUUCAGACUUACAGAAUGGACCGUCUGAGAUAGAGCAGAACGAUGCAGUUUCGGCGAAAGAGAUUGAAUCUAGUAACGCAGUCUCUGGUAUUAAAGAAAACAGGGAGAAUGCUGCUAGUGAACCAAGCAAUGAAUAUGAAGAAGCAUCCGAAAAAUCUAGUCUGAACCUUAAAGGUAAGAAGUCAAAAUCUCAUGACUCAAGUUCUAGUUCGAGUUCCAGCUCGACCUCUAGUGACUCCGAAUGAAGAAAACAAAAUGUAGUUCGGAAAGAAAGAAAAGUAGAAAGUUUCGAGUUUUCGAGUUCUGGGGUUUUCUUAUUUGGUUACCAUCAUAU